AUGGACGCUGUUCCCAGCAACGCAACCGGGAGCCUCCCGCUGCACCCAUACUUCCCGCUGGAUGUCACCCUCGACACUUAUGCCGCCAACUCUAUGGGUGCGGCCACUCUGGUGGGAAUCUUUUCGCUGUGCUGCUGUGGUGUCUUCGCCGUGACACACCUCUUGAUCCAGCAGGCUCAGGCGACGAUAUCGGGGGGAGCCAAGUUGGCCACCAUGUGGUUUGCUCUUUGCGGGUGUAUCCAUUUGUUCUUUGAGGGUUACUUCGCCGUCAACCACCUCGACAUGGCCGGCCAGAUGGACCUGUUUGGCCAGCUGUGGAAGGAGUACUCCCUGUCCGACUCGCGAUACCUGACCCAGGACUCCUUCGUCGUCUGCAUGGAAGCUAUCACCGCCUUCUUCUGGGGCCCGCUCUCCUUCUACUGCGCCUACUGCAUCGUCAAGAACCACCCUCUCCGCCACCCGCUGCAGAUGAUCAUUAGCCUCGGCCAGAUCUACGGCGAUGUCCUAUACUACGCCACGUGCUCUUUCAACAGCAUCGUCUACAAGAUUGCCUACUGCCGCCCUGAGAGCUUCUACUUCUGGGCGUACUAUGUGCUCUGCAACGCCUUCUGGAUCGUCAUCCCGGGCGUGUUGCUGGUCCAGAGCGUCAUGACGUGCUCGCAGGCUAUUGCCAGGGUCCAGGCCAUGGACGCGUCCAAGAAGCAUCUGUGA